UUCCGCAACUAGGGGCAGCUCUACUUCCGGUUUCUUUCGCCGCGCGGAAGUGGGCGGAGCUAAAAAGGAAAACAGAGCUCCUUUCCGGAAUAGGGGCACAGUUGAAGAAUCAGACAAGGAAGGAGGAAGCUUUUGUGAGUAACCCACAAGGCACACCCCUGCUGACACCCACUUCUACAAGCAAACUUCAGGCCCUUUUCAAGCUUUCCCAUCUGGGGGUGCAGAUCGGCUCUGAGGGCCAUAAAGGUCCAGUCCUCACUGUAUCGGUUCCUUCUGGUCGCCACAGCCCUUCAACUGCCCCUUCCUACCUCCAGGAUGACACGGCACGGCAAGAACUGCACAGCGGGGGCUGUCUACACCUACCAUGAGAAGAAGAAGGACACAGCGGCCUCAGGCUACGGGACCCAGAACAUUCGACUGAGCCGGGAUGCCGUCAAGGACUUCGACUGCUGCUGCCUCUCUCUGCAGCCCUGCCACGACCCUGUUGUCACUCCAGAUGGCUACCUGUAUGAGCGGGAGGCAAUCCUGGAGUACAUUUUGCACCAGAAGAAGGAGAUAGCUCGACAAAUGAAGGCCUAUGAAAAGCAGCGAGGUGCCCGGCGGGAGGAACAGAAAGAGCUGCAGCGGGCUGCCAUGAAGGACCAGGUGCGGGGCUUCCUGGAGAAGGAGGCGGCCAUCGUGAGCCGGCCCCUCAACCCCUUCACACCCAAGACCACCUCAGGGAAUGGCCCAGAUGAUACCCAACCUGGUCCCAGCACUGGCGCCACAGGCAAAGACAAGGACAAAGCAUUGCCCAGCUUCUGGAUCCCAUCGCUGACCCCAGAGGCCAAGGCCACCAAGCUGGAGAAGCCGUCGCGCACGGUGACGUGCCCCAUGUCCGGAAAGCCUCUGCGCAUGUCAGACCUGACGCCUGUGCGUUUCACGCUGCUCGAUGACUCCGUGGACCGCGUGGGGCUCAUCACACGCAGUGAGCGCUACGUGUGCGCUGUGACCCGUGACAGCCUGAGCAAUGCCACACCAUGCGCCGUUCUGCGGCCCUCAGGGGCCGUAGUCACCCUUGAGUGUGUGGAGAAGCUGAUUCGGAAGGACAUGGUGGACCCCGUGAAUGGGGAGAAACUCACGGACCGGGACAUCAUCGUGCUGCAGCGGGGUGGCACGGGCUUCGCAGGCUCUGGAGUGAAGCUGCAGGCGGAAAAGUCGCGACCAGUGAUGCAGGCCUGAGUGAACAGGAGACCAAAUAAAAGGGCUUGUAAGCGA